AUCUUGUGUUGCUCAAGCACUCCCUCGCGAGGCCGAGGCAUCCUCUACUCCUGGUGCAACGCGCGUCUGGGCCGCAGACCGCCUGCCAGCGCUCCGGGCGGCAUGUCCUGCUUCGAGGGCCUCAUGACGGGGGGGAAGAAGAAACAGUGCCUGAUCUACGACGACAUCGCCGAGGACCGUGGGUUGCACGCCGGUCGUGAAGAUCAACAAGCUGGCGCCCGAGGGCGUGGAGAGCUAUAUGCGAAGCUGGAGUACUUCAACCCGCUCAGCUCGGUGAAGGAUCGCCUAGCCAACGCCAUCAUCGAAGACGGCGAGGACAAGGGUCUGCUGAAGCCAGGCGAGUCGACCGUCAUUGAGGCGACCAGCGGCAACACUGGCAUCGCUCUCGCAAUGGUGUGUGCACAGCGCGGGUACAAGUUUGUGGCCGUCAUGGCCGCCUCUUUCUCCGUCGAGCGCCGCAAGGUCAUGCGCGCCCUCGGCGCGAAGGUGAUUGUCACGCCUGCGGCACUCGGAGGUACGGGCAUGGUGAAGAAAGCAGAGGAGAGUUGGCUGAGAAGCACGGCUGGUACCUCGCCAGGCAGUUCGAGACGGACGCGAACGCGGCCUACCACGAGAAGACGACGGGGCCCGAGAUCCUGGAAGCUUUCCAGGGCAAGAAGCUCGACUACUGGGUGA